UGUUCAUAAUCGUUGCGUUUUGGAAUAAAUGCAUUUUUACGGUUUCAACUCAAUUACGGGUUCUACUAAAGUUUGAUUGUGAUUUGAUUUCGGUGCAUAUUUUGGUUUGAAUUAAAAUUAAUGCAGAUUUCAUCCUCGCUCGCAAGGUGUUUGAUGAAAUGUCCCAACCAUAUUUUUUCUUCUUUUUGCUUUAGUUUUAAUUUUCUUAUGCUGUGAUGUUGUGUUGUUGAUGAUUCUGUUCAAAUCACAGAUUGUGAAUUGGUUAUGAUGUUGCCGUUAUUUCCGUCUUGGAUUCCAGAGGUUGUUGAUUCAAUCAAAACUGUUGAAAUCAUUGAAGGAAAUGGGGAAUGAUGUGUGAUUUCAAAUCACACCUCAAACAGUUGCGGUUUGCCGGUGAUCUUCUGAUGGAGUUGGGUGCUGGGGUGGAACUAGCAACUGCUGCAGCACCACAUUUAUUUCUUCCUUUGGCUUGUGCUGCUAAUGUUCUCAAGAAUGUUGCUGCUGUAACAUCAACAUCAACUAGGACACCAAUUUAUAAAGCCUUUGCUAAAGGAGAAAACAUAGGGGAUGUCACUGCUAAAGGAGAAUGUGUUGGCAAUAUUGCAGACCUGGUAUGUUUAUGAACUUCAACAAUUAUUACUGAAUGUAGUGUUGGUAACAUUUGGUGGCAUCUUAUUUGGAACAAUCACUUCUAGGGAAGAAACCCUUUGUUUUAGCCUUUUUCAUUAAAAUAU